AUGACGACUAAGACCAUCCAUGGGAACUCGCAAUUCCAGAAGCCCUCCUCUCUACGCUGGACGUGGGAGUCACCCGGUGGAGGGUACCGUAAUGAGAUAGACCACAUCAUCGUCAAUAAAAGGUUCUGCCUGACGGAUGUCGCUGUUGUACCAAAGUUCUAUACGGGAUCGGACCAUCGCCUCCUCCGAGGAAGAUUUUCUUUCACGCGGAGAGCAGAGAAAGCCGCCAAGUUCAGCAAGAGAAAUCCCAGAACUACCAUCAACUGGGAUCUCUUCGCUACGUUAGCCGGCUUUUGGGAAGAUUCCGCAAUGGACAACAUCGACGAGGAAUACGACCGGCUUGUCAAACACCUUCAUGACUGCGCGAAGAAGGCUGAGAGUAUUAAAACAACCAAGAGACGCCUGUCUCUUGAAACUCUUGAGCUGAUACGCCAGCGUGGAGCAGCACGAGCCGCAGGGAACCAAGAGCUUACGUCCGAGCUCGCAAGGCUUUGCAGAGAGGCGAUAAAGAAAGACCUUAAAGAGAGAAGAGCAGAAGUGCUGGCUGAAGCAGCAGAGGCGGGAAAAAGCAUCCGCUAUGCCCGCCGAGACUUCGCCAGUCGCAAGACAAGGAUGACAGCUCUCCGGAACUCGAAGGGAACAACCAUUGCAUCGAGAAGGGGAAUGGAGAAAAUCAUCUACGACUUCUACUCUGAUCUCUUCGACAGCCGUGCCCACUUGCCUCCUCACCAUCUGAGGGAAGAUGGACAUGUCAUUCCAGCGGUUCUCCCGUCCGAAAUACGACAUGCUAUCAUGUCGGUGAGAAAUCGUACAGCAGCCGGUCCCGACAGAAUAAAACCAGAACACCUGAAGAACCUUCCGCCAGUACUCAUCAACACCCUGGCGAGGAUCUUCACACGUUACCUGUCGGAAUGCAAGGUCCCUAAACAGUGGAAGACCAGCAAGACCGUGUUGCUGUAUAAAAAGGGAGAUCCACAUGACAUCGGCAACUAUCGCCCAAUCUGCUUACUGUCCGUCAUCUACAAGCUCUUCACAAGAGUGAUCCUUAAUAGGAUUGAAAAGGUCUUGGAUGAAGGACAACCAUGCGAGCAAGCAGGGUUUCGAAAAGGAUUCAGCACGAUCGACCAUAUUCACACUGUUUCGAGACUCAUCGAGGUAUCACGAGAGUACAAGAUGCCGCUCUGUCUCACUUUCAUCGACUUGAAGAAGGCCUUUGACUCAGUUGAGACGGAAGCGGUCGUGGAAGCCUUGGACAACCAAGGCGUUCCCACUCAGUACAUAAAGGUGCUUCGAGAGUUGUACAGUAACUUCACGACCGGAAUCUCGCCAUUCUACAAGAAUAUCAUCAUUGACGUGAAGAGGGGGGUUCGACAGGGUGAUACAAUCUCACCCAAAAUAUUCACAGCCACCCUCGAGAACGCAAUGCGAAAGUUGGAAUGGGACGACAUGGGAGUGAAGAUCGAUGGUCGGCAGCUACACCAUUUGCGCUUUGCUGAUGACAUCGUACUGAUAACACCUAGCAUCAGCCAAGCGGAACGAAUGCUGACCGAAUUCGCCGAAACAUGUGGAUGCAUCGGUCUUGAGCUGAAUCUUCAAAAGACGAUGUUCAUGCGGAACGGAUGGAUCUCGGAUGCCCCAUUCACGCUCAACGGAACGAACAUAUCCGAAUGCACCAGCUACGUCUAUCUGGGUCGGGAAUUGAACAUGAUGAACGACCUGGCCCCCGAGCUGGGCAGGAGGAGAAGAGCGGCUUGGGGAGCGUACAAGAGCAUCGAGGACGUAGUGAAGAAGACCAAGAACACCCGGCUCCGUGCUCACCUCUUCAACACCACCGUACUUCCUGCUUUGACCUAUGCCUCAGAAACCUGGGCACUUCGCAAGCAGGAAGAAAACGCGGUGAGCGUCAUUGAACGCGCAAUUGAGAGAGUGAUGCUAGGAGUAUCCCGUUUCAAGCAAGUGAGAGACGGGAUUCGAAGUUCUCUCCUACGUCAGCGAUCGAAGAUCAGAGACGCUGCCGCGUUUGCCAAGGAAAGUAAAAUAAGGUGGGCCGGACACGUGAUGCGCUUUAACGACAACCGUUGGACCAGAGCCGUGAGCGACUGGAUUCCCCGCGAUAUUAAGCGCAAUACAGGAAGACCGCCGACCCGAUGGUCAGAUUUCUUCACGAAGUCCUUCAAAGAAAAUUACGAUGCUCUUCGUGUCCCACGCGAAAGGAGGAACCACUGGGCUACUCUGGCACGCGACCGGGACAAAUGGAAGAAUUACUGGCGCCCGCUCGACCGGUUCGAAGACCAACGGGAGUCAAGGUGA